CACUGUCACUUUGUGAUAUAAAAAUGUUUUAGAUAAAAUAAAUAUCAUAAGUUGCAGAAUUUAGUUUUCUUGUUUUUGCCUGGUGCUGUUGCUGCUAAUAAUUCAAUAAAUAUGUCAGGGUUUGAUGAAAACCCGUUUGGUGAACCCACUAUAGAUAACCCCUUUGCUGACCCAUCAGUUCAGCAAGUAACAAGAAAUACCAGUACCCAUAUUAAAGUAGAAGACUAUAACCCAUUCAACAACCAGUCCUCAGAAACAUCAUCACAAAAACAUUAUAGAGCACCACCUGUGUCAAAUAGUGGCCCAGCCAUCAUGCAACCCUCAGAGGAGCCACCAACUUAUACACAAAGUGGGCAGCAGGUGAUUCGACAACCAAAACCCAUAAUUGAUACUGAAGAACUACAGAGGCGACAGGAAGAACUGGAAAGAAAGGAACAAGAAUUAGCUAGAAGGGAGGAAGAAAUGCGACAAUCAUCCUAUAAUGUUAGGCGUAACAACUGGCCUCCAUUGCCUGAGCAAUGCUGUUUUCAGCCAUGUUUUUAUCAAGAUAUUCAAGUUGAUAUUCCUUUAGAAUUUCAAAAGAUUGUUCGACAUUUGUACUAUCUUUGGAUUUUCCAUGGUAUAGUUAUGCUGGCAAACACACUCGUAGGCCUUAUCCUUAAGAACUUUACGGUAGUAGGUGUGGGAUUACUGUAUACGUUGCUAUUUACACCAUUUUCAUAUCUUUGCUGGUUUAGACCAGCAUACAAAGCAUUCCGUUCCGACUCGUCAUUUAAUUUUAUGGUGUUCUUUUUUAUUUUCUUCUUUCAAUUCGUAGUCACUACAAUACAUGCUGUUGGAAUACCCGGCUCUGGAACUAUAGGUAUAAUUAUGGCCAUAGACAGUUUUUCCACAACAGCAUAUGGCGUCGUGUCAGGAAUUUUUGCAAUCUCAGUUGCAUUGGGAUUUACGUUUUGUGCAGGGGCAGAUUUAUUUAUGAUUUCAAAGAUCCAUAAAAUGUACAGAAGCACCGGAGCAAGUAUGGACAAAGCAAGGCAAGAAUUCACGGACGUAGUAUUGCGUAAUCAGCAUGUUAGGAGCGCAGCAAGUAACGUAGCAGCAGCAGCAGUACAAUCCCAAUUUUCGCAAGACACCAAUACAACUAAUAAUAGAUACUCCCAUAUAAAAAAUGUUGAAUAAACUAUCUAACAUUUUAUUUAGCGUCUAUUGACUUGUUUUUCGUUUUAGGUUAUAUUAUUCUGCUCGUGUUAUAAACACUACGAAUUAAUGUACCUAUACGUACAUCCCAAUAUCGAGUUUGGUUGUGUAUAUAUCAAUUUGUUUAUUUUUAAAAAACCAGUAACGUAACUAAGCCAAAUUGAAAUUGAAGAAAACAAAGAAAUAUUAUUAAUGCUUGCUUGUACUUAAAAGUUAAUUUUCCGCUUGCACAUACCAACAAAAAAAAAUUAAAUUCUUUGUUUAUAUAAUGUUCUAUUUAAAUGUAUAACGUUUAUUGCCUAUUGUAGAGUAUUUAUGUUUAUUAUAAAUAAAUUUCUUUAAAUUA